UUAUUGCUUUGCGUCGAGCCGUCUUGCAGGAGCAGGGGAGCGAGCAUUUCAUCGGAAUAUCCUCCCUCAUCCUCGCCACCUUUCGUUCAUCUCGCCUUCGUGCUUGCCAGCGGUCUUCGCUUUUGCGCCAUGUUGCAACCAAAUACAUUCGGUGUCAGGAUGGGCGACUGGCUUCGCUACAUCCUCUCCUGCUGCGAUGAAGACGAACGGGGUGAGGAGGAAAGGCCGGCAUUGCAGAUUAGUGCUCCAACCAACUUCCGUCGCGAGGAUAUUAGCAUUCCAGGCCUUACUGCCGAGCAACAACACUUCCUUCGGGAGAAAGCCAAAUCCGAUGCCGAGAAGAUGUGGCCGAAUUGCCAGCCUCUGCGCUCCUCUCCCUCCUGUCAAUUCACUUCUCCGGCCCCAACUCAACCCACAUGGCACAAUGGUACGGCGCCCCGCUCGAAUACCACAACCGUUCUCUCGGCGCUCGCCGACUGCCGCACCUCUGGCGGUGGCUGGGACCGCGUCAAAGCGCAUUCGAGAAAAAUCAGCAACUCUCUGACGAAGCCGUCGGGCUAUCAUCACGACAACGCUGCCACGCACGCUGCAUUCGAUUCCGAGGACGACAGUCGAUACGAGAUGCGUGCUUUGAUGGAUUCGCGGAAUCCGUCGACAGUUGGCGAUGGGAAGUUGAGUGGGGAAAGGUCGAGUUUGGAGGACGGCGAAAUGUAGGGCAAAGAAGCGGCAGGGGAGGCACAACGUUCACCACCUGGAGACAGUAAUUUGGCGGUAGGGAAAAUGGGACGAUUACCGAAAAUCCUUGUUGUAAUUUAGGUGUACAACACUU